AAGCAGAGGCCUGAGCUACCAACCUGGGGAGGGAACCGAGGGCAGUGCUUGAAGCAGUGGGCACAGCGGCUGAAAUCGCGCGUGGGAGGCGGGGGCUCUGGGUGGAACAAGUUGCAGGAUGUCAGAGAAAGAUGUCUCCCGGGACGAGGCGGGCUAAAGCAGGGGUCCUAGUCACCAUGGAGGACCCACCCCCUGAAGAGACCAUGGAGCAGCAGGAUUUGUCCAAGAGGAGUCCCCGCAGUACCAAAGGCGACAUCUGCCAUCUGGGGGCCCUGCAAUGCACCCGCUGCCUCAUCACCUUCGCCAAUUCCAAGUUCCAGGAGCGUCACAUGAAGCGGGAGCACCCAGCGGACUUCGUGGCCCAAAAGCUGCAGGGGGCCCUCUUCAUCUGCUUCACCUGCGCCCGCUCCUUCCUCUCCUCCAAGGCCCUGAUCGCCCACCAGCGCAGCCACGGUCCAGCCGCCAGGCCCUCCCUGCCAGUUGCACCCACCACUGCCCAGCCCACCUUCCCCUGUCCUGACUGUGGCAAGACCUUUGGGCAGGCCGCUUCUCUGAGGCAGCACCGCCAGGCGCACAAGACCCGCGACCCUCCUGGCCCCUUCGCCUGCACUGAGUGUGGUCAGGACUUUGCCCAGGAAGCUGGGCUGCAUCAACACUACAUCCGGCAUGCCCGGGGGGAGCUCUGAGUGCAGCCUCAGCCCUCCCUAGGGCAAUGGAGGCUCUGCAGCCAGUGGGACCCACCUCUGAUAUGGGACAGGCCUUUUGAGGGACUUGCUUCCCUCCCUGGAAAGGCAAAGGGCUCCUGGUAAAUAGGACCCAGAAGAUGCUCAUUUAGAGUUUCAGUCUUUGGAGGACACAAAGACCUUCAGAGUAAUAGGAAAAUCAGACAAUAGGGAGAUCUUUUGUUUAAGAGAAAAAAAAUGAGCAAGAGGGAAAAUUGUUAUUUGUAUCUCCCUCAUUCCCAAUUAAAUAGUUUGAACUCACAAGUAGCUGCAGAUUGUGUAAUCACCUUUAAUUCUGCCCAGAUGAAUGCCAUGGGCUGUAGAAGCAAACUGCCCUGGGUUUGUGCCUGAAUGGGUGGGGACAGGGAAGGUGAGGUGUUGCUGGCAUGUCAGGCCACCAGAUGGGUCCCAGACGGAGCAGCUCAGGCCUCUGGAAUAGGACGGCAAAGUUGGAUGCUGUACUGAGUCAUGCGGAGGUUGCAGUUCACGUCCUCAUGUCCCCCACCCCUGCCAGCCUUGCCCACUCAAG